GGUAGUGGUAACAAUACAAGACCAAGAGGAGCGACAUUUAAUGGAUUACCAUCUCAAGCAGAUGAAAAUGGAUCUUCUUUAUCAAAUUCAAUUCAAGUAGGAGCUGGAUCAUUACACCCAAACAGCAAUAACACAUUAAGAAGUAGUAAAAAAGGUAUUCAAACAAGCCAAAAUAAUAAUAGUAAUAAUAAUAAUAACAAUGGCCUAAGCAAUAGUACAAGAAAUACAAUGUCAUUCAAAUCAUUGGAAUACGUUAAGGGAUCAGGAACUUAUUAUGCAAACUAUAUGGAUUUAUUUGAUAUUCCACCACAAAUUUUUGUGGGAGGAGAAGAGCAACCAAAUUCAGUAUUAUCAACAAACCCAGAGCUAAAAUCACUGGUAUUAGAUUUCAACAAGAUUUCGGAGAUACCACAAUGUAUAACAUUAUUACACAAUCUUAAACAUUUAUCAUUGGCAGCAAACCAAGUUAAAGACAUACCCCCUUAUUUAUCGGAAUUAGAACAUCUCGAAACGUUAGAGCUCGGUAUCAACUCAUUUACUCAAUUCCCAAUUAAUAUUUGCAAAAUCAAUUCAUUAACUUCACUUCAUCUAGAGACAAAUAAUAUUUCGCAAUUACCAUCAGAAUUUAAAUCAUUAGAUAAUUUAAAGAUAUUAACAUUACUAGAUAAUGAUUUUAAAGAAAUACCAGAAGAAUUACCACCAAGUAUUGAAAAGUUAAAUAUGGCCUGUAAUCAAAUUUCAAAUACAUUUUCACAAACAUUGGUUUGUAUGUCUCAAAGUUUAACUUCCUUAAAUUUAUCAGAAAAUAAAAUCGAAAAGAUUGACCCAUCGUGGAGUAAACUUGUAAAUUUGCAAAAUUUAAUGUUGGACUGUAAUUUAAUUAGGGAGUUACCAGGUGAAGUUAUCAAGAAUUGGAAGCAAUUGGUAACACUAAAUUUACCACAUAACUUUUUAUCAGAUAUGCCAGCUGAAAUUAUAUUGUUAACAAAUUUAAGAAUUAUUGACCUCAGAGGUAACGAUUUUGAGUUUUGCAAAAGAAUACCCAUCAACGAAUCAUCCUCAAUUCUAUUCAAAAUUGACUCAUUCAUAAAAGAUAAAACCAAAUUGCACGAUUUGAAAUUCAAUACAAUUAAAAUGAUUCAAGAGCGUAAACUUUUAAGAUCAUCUAUAAACAAUAGUAAAUUUUUACCACCAUCACCAACAACUUCAACCAAUAUUCUGCCACAAUUAGAUGGUAAUGAGGCUACCACUACUACCACUACUACCACAACAACCUCUUUGCCAAUCAUUACAUUAAAUGAUGAUUUAAAUACUAAUAAUCAAGUCGAUCCUAGUUCCGAAGGGGAGACAAACAAUAACAAUGUAUCACCAUCAUUAUCAAAUUCAUCCAUCAAAAAUAAUGAGGAAAUCGACCAGGCCCAAAAAGACAAGGAAGAAAAAGAAAGAUUAGAAAAAGAAAGAUUAGAAAAAGAAAGUUUGGAAAAAGAAAGUUUGGAAAAAGAAAAAUUAGAAAGAGAAAGAAUGGAAAAAGAAAAGCAAGAUAAAGAAAAAUUGGAAAAAGAGACCCAAGAAAAAGAAAUUUUUAAUCAUAAAUAUCAAAUUGAACAAUUACAAUUACAACUAAGAGAAAGUGAACGAGAGAAAGAAAUGUUGGAGGAAGAAAUUAAAAAGCAAAAAGAAAUUGAAAUAUCGAUCCAGAGCCAAUUGGUAUUCUGGCAAUCAGUGUAUCCCGAUGAAAUUAUUGAAAAGCUUUACUUGGGUUGCAGAGAAUGCUCCAUGAAUAAAUCAUGGUUACAAGACCACAAUGUAACUCAUAUUUUAACUGUUGCCCAUUUCAAGCCAUUAUACCCAAAUUUAUUUAAAUAUAAAAUUAUAGACAUAGAAGAUGUAGAUGAGGCAAAUAUAUAUAAAUAUUUUAAAGAAAUGAAUGAAUUUAUUGAGGAGGGUAGAAAGACUGGUGGUGUUAUAAUUCAUUGCAGAGCUGGGGUAUCAAGAUCAGCCACAGCAACAAUUGCUUAUAUUAUGUAUAAAAAUAAAAUGAAGUUUCAAGAGGCAUUUGAUAUAACAAUUAAAAAAAGAUCAAGAAUUUACCCUAAUAAAGGUUUUGUUAAUCAAUUAAAGAAAUAUGAAAAUGAAUUAUUCAAAUAAAAAAAGAAUAAAAAAACAUAAAUAAAUUUAAACAAAUGGUUAAAAUUUUAA